ACCCCCGGGCGCCGGCUGGGGCUUGUUAAAGGCGGGCGGCGGCAGCUGCUCGUCCUGCGUUCUCCGGAGUUUUAGCCUUUGCAUUUGCUUAUUUAUUUACUUGUUUUUCCUCUCCCUCCGCGGUGUUUGGCACUUUUCAAAAACCGGCGCCCGAUCGCUGGAAGGCCUGGCAAGUUCGGCGCGGAACGAGCCCCCCGGUUCUCCUGCACGGUGGCAGUAGCGGUGACAGCAGCAGCCGGGGAGCGAUGUCCCCCCGCAGCGCCCCGCAGCUCGCCCCGGCUCCCUGAGCAGCCGGCGGAGACGCCAGGCGGGUCAGAGGUGCUGCAUGGAUGCGCGACCCGAGGCUGCCGCUUGCCAUGUGCGCUGGUAACGUCUGGCUCUGGCAGCUCCCGGGUCCCGGUACCGGGUGAUCGGGGCGGAGCAGCGGUAGCGCAGGGCGGCGCGGCCGCGGUGCCGGCGGGAUCAUGGUGAAGGAGGAGUGCAAAGCGCUGCUGGACGCGCUCAACAAGGUGACCGCCUGCUACCGGCACAUGGUGCUGACCAUCGGCGGCACCGCGGACUCCCAGAACCUGCGGGAGGAGCUCAAGAAAACGCGGCAGAAAGCCCAGGAGCUAGCGGUAGCCAACAGGAACAAGCUCACCACGGUCCUGAAGGACAAAACCGUGAGUAAGGAAGAUAAAGCCGAGUUCGAGAGGCUAUGGGUGAUUUUCUCCACGUGCCUAGAGAUCCUGGAGAUCGACAUGAGGAGAGCCCUGGAGCUGGGCCACGAGUUCCCAUUAAACGUCCCCAAAAAGCACCUGAUCCAGACAGGCAUGAGCGGGGGAACAUCUGGCGUGGCCGCCAGGGCAAUGAGCGUCCAGAACAUGAAAUACGAGGCUGAGAACAAUAUAGACGUGGUGGAUUUGAAAGACCUCGAGAACGAAAUCAACCAGGUAGGAGAGAUGAUGUACGAGAUGGAAAUGAAGGUGAAUGUCCCCCAGUGGACAGUAGAGGCUAAGCAAGACCCAGGGGCUGAACUCAAAUCCACCAUCAGUGUGGGCGCUUCUUCUAUUGGCGUGAUCUCUAUGGAGGAAAAUAAAUCCUUCUGCGAUAUCAGCAAGGUUCUAGCUGGGAUUGUUUUCUCUGCUGUGCUCAUUGUGGCUAUCAUCCUGGCAGUGUGUGUGGUAAAACUCUCUUAGAGUGAUUGCAGGCUCUGACAAGAGCAAACCCCCCCGCCCCAGUCCGGCUUUGGAAUGUUUCACGCUUUUAAUUUCAAAACGGGUCACUUGGAUGAGCUAAAAAUUCAAUCCUAGCACUUGAAAAAAACAAAGAAAACUUUUGCCUCUCAGUAUCCUAAAAGGCACGAUUUGUUUCUUCUUGCUUUUUGAAGAGAUGCAAAUCAGCCUGCAGAAUAGGGCAUCUUCAUUUGCUGGACUUUUAAUGGUUAACUGUGAAAUAUCAGGGUAUUAUCGCUACUGGCUAUAACAGGGACUUCUCUGCUGUUAAUAGAUCACUGUUCUCAGAAACCUGUAUUUUUUGCUCGUGAAUAGGCUCUGGAGUUUGCUGCUGGUCACUGUUUACAGAAUUUGAGAGUAACAAGCAUUUGGAAGAUAACACAGGUGUUUGUCUGACAAAGUGAAUAGAAUAUGGUGGGGUUUUCUCACCAAAUACACAAAAUAUUAUUUCAGGGGAGGAUAAGGGGAAGGAUGAAAACCCCAAUAAAAGAAUGUAAACAACCUGUAUUUUAGAUAAGGUAAUGGUUGGGGAAGGAGGGGUGUGGAAGAGGACUGAGAAAAAAGAAAAAGCAACAUUUGAUACCAGAUAGUAUUUGCUGAUUUAGACUGGAUUGUACAGAACUCAGUUGCUUGGGUUGGCACAGCACACGCAAAUGACUAAUUGCUUUCUGAAUCCAACGAGAAAAAAGGGAGAGUUGCAUAUUCAGAAAAAAUACUAGCAACCCUUGUGGUUCUCAUGUACCACAAUUUUGUCUUCCCCUGCAGAAAGGCUGCUCCUUUCCUCUCAUUCAUUUUAUUUCUGUAGAAGCCAACAGUUUGCAUUUCACAUAAAAUUAUGAGAAUAGUAGCAAUGAAUCUACCCAGAGCAGAAGCUGUAACUUUUGAGGGCAGACUUUAGCAAACAAAAAGGUUGAGUUAAAGCAGACCUUUUUAACAACCUGAAGAGAUCCCUUCUCGGGUUAACAGGCAAGGAUUGAUGCCGGUGUAUGUGUCAGAUUUCUGCAAGCUCCUGAAUUCUUUGCAAAAAUCCAGACAAAGCUAAAAAUGUGUCUCGGUUUCAUAUCUCAUUCAUGUCUGAUUAAUCAUUUGGGAAACAGGAAGCCUGUACGAUUGGUCCAAUUUGAUAAACUGCAAUUUUUGGAAGCUAAAUGCAAAAGCAGCAUAAAACUUUCCAGUGCUACCCUAUAGAAUUAUCAUAGUUUAAAAGUAAAACUGGGGAGACAAACACUAACUUGGUAAAGAAGCUCUAGAAUGUUUUGUAAAAGUACCUACUUAUUAUAUAACCUAUGGGAAUAUCUUCUGUUACUGUGAACACAGACUAUCCCUUCAAGAAUGCUUGGUAUGUACUUUAUAGUGCCAUAUGUAUAUGAGGCAUUCCACACACAAAUACAGAGACCCCAUAAUACUGGGGUUUGAAUAACUUAUUAUUCUUCUGCAUUGUUUAUUAUGGACACUAUCAAAAAGUAACAACCAGAUAUUUUUUGUGAAGUUACUAGCCAAUUGUCUUAAUGCUUGUUAAAUUAUGUUAGCAACACUCAUAAACAGCUAAUAUUUUUUAGUUAAGUAAACAUACUUUGAAAAACUGCAGCAAAGUUUAUUCUUUAAAACCUGGAGAACUGGAUUUGGGGAAAAAAAGUGUGUGAAAAUUUUCAAUCUGGUCACUUGUGAGAAAAAAAAAAUUAGGUGAGGAAAAAUGUGGAAGUCUAAUUAAAGGCUAUAGACUACCAUGAUGUUGAAGCAUAAUGUCAGUUCUGCACAUUGAUCCAGUCUAGCUCCAUUCUCGUGGGAAUUCACAGUUUUCUGGGAUGACUCCACAUUCCUUUCUAUUGUAUUUCACUCAUUCCAUAGGAUGAGUUUUAUAUGUAGUUAAUUUAGAGAUUCCCAGCAGCAUUCUAACAAAGUCAAGCCUGUAUUUAUCGGUGCUACUGUUUCAGUCUGUUUAGAAAAGGUGUAAUUACUGUAAGUUCAUUUAAAUGAGAUGUCCUUCACAAUCAUACUGAGUAAAGAUAUUUAUGGAAAAUACAGCAAAAGCUGUGAGAGAAUGUACAUAUUUGGAUUGCCACCCCCAGUCAGUAAGGAUUUGUGGGUAUUUUUACUCUUUGCACUCUCCUUUAUCUUAGUUCACAGGAAGGUGGGUAAGUUGGAUUCUGUUCUUGAAAAUGUAAUGUUUUGAAAUCCGAUUGUUUAAACACAUGUUCUGAAAACCCAAGUAAUGCAAAUCUGACUUCUGGUGGAUAAGUAAACGGUAACACCUACAGCAUUCAUUAUCUUGUAUACUGGUAUCUUGAAGUAUGUAUGCUUUUUAUCUAUGGUUGGUUGUAUAGAAGAAUGUUUAAGAAUAGGGAAUCUUCCAAAGCAUGCCUCAGUGAGUUUGUAAAUUGUAUAUUUUCAGUCUGUUACAUUUUUUUUAAAUUUUGAUUUUGUGUACAGUACUCAAUUAAUUCAAGUAGCCUAUAAUUAUGUAAGUCUUGCUUCAUUAUGAAUAUGCACACAAUUAGUAUUUAAAGGAUUUGGCCUUGGAAAAAUAAUAUAUUUUCAAAUCUUAAGACAAAGUUGGCUGCAGAUUUAUUCAUCAUUAUUUUGUUCCUAAAAAUCUGUAUCAUUUUAUAUUUAGGCCACCUGAAAUUAAUAGAUUAAGUAGACUUUGAAGAGAGGAUUGGCACCAUCUAAAUGGAUAAUCUUCGUGCCAUUAAUCUUCUACACUUGAUACAAGUGUAUGCGCAAUGUGACAGUUCAGGCACAACAGCACACAAAAUCAAAACAAGGUGAAACCCCCCCUUGCCCAAAAGUACAUACAGAUGGUUCUUUUAAGUAAGAGAUAAAGAGUUCUUGUAGAUUUGCAAGUCUUCAUUAUUUUUCCCCACUGGAAUGCAACCAGAAGGAGACUACAAAUGCUUGUUGGUUUUGUAAAUGAAAAAUGGGAAGGCAAACUUUAAAUACUCUGUAUAUAACAGCAUGAUGACAAUGAAGAUACUCUCAUGCUGAUCAGUGAAGGAGAAUGUUACUGUGUUUUCAAUACAAAAGAUGGUUACUGCUUCAUUUCAGUGUUGUUCUACUUCUGUUCUUUUGUCUUUAUUCACAGGAUACAUUAAAUGUGAUGUAUACUAAAAACUUAUACCUGACUUGAAUUAUACUGGUUUUGCCUGUACAUGGGUGGUAUUUUCUACACUUUGAGUAAUUCAAACUUGUUACUGUCACUAUUUAUUUAACUUAAAAUAAAGUACAUUCUUAUAAUUUA